GUUCCCGCGCGCAACCGGUGUGCGAAACACGACACAUGCCUCCUCCGCAACUAGUUCCGAUCGAACAAGGUACGUGUACUUUGGCGUCAUCCAAAAAGCAACACGAGGUCAGACGGUGAAAAAGAAAAUUAAGUUAUCCGGGUUUUUAACGCGAGCGAGGAUGAAUCGUUGCGACAGACGUUUGGUGGCAUGUGCGCUGUUUGCAAUCAUCGCGGUGGUUGCAGCCGCUUCCUACGAUCGCGAACGGCUGGAGAUUGCGAAGCAAAUCCUGGAGGAGGUCCCACUCAUUGACGGGCAUAACGAUCUGCCAUGGAAUAUCAGAAAAUUCCUUCGGAAUCAAGUGAACGACUUCGAACUGGACACAGACCUGACCGUGGUGGAGCCCUGGUCUAUCUCCAAGUACUCCCACACUGAUCUUCCGAGACUGCGAGAGGGCAUGGUGGGAGCUCAAUUCUGGUCGGCGUUCGUGCCGUGCGGUACCCAAAACAGAGACGCCGUCCAGCUGACUCUGGAGCAGAUUGACGUCAUCAAGCGACUUGUCGAAAAAUACCCUCAGCAGUUGCAAUUCGCUACCUCCGUAACUGAUAUCUUGCAGUCGCACGGUGCUCGCCCACGUAAGAUAGCAUCCCUGAUUGGCAUCGAAGGAGGUCACUCUAUCGCGAACUCUCUAGCAGUCCUCCGGAGCUACUACCAGCUUGGGGUUCGGUAUAUGACCCUCACUCACACCUGCCACACACCCUGGGCGGACUCCGCGAACGAGGCUCCAGCAGCGAACGGACUGACGGACUUCGGAGAGAAAGUGGUCCGCGAGAUGAACCGCCUCGGUAUGAUCGUUGAUCUGUCUCACGUGGGGGAGAACUCAACCAGAGCUGCGAUCAAGCUGUCGAAGGCCCCCGUCAUCUUCAGUCACUCCUCUGUCUACAGCCUCUGCAACCAUAACCGAAACGUACCGGAUGAUAUUAUAAAAUCAUUGAAAGACAACGGAGGCAUCAUAAUGGUGAACUUCUUCCCAGACUUCGUGAAGUGUGCUCCUAACGCCACACUUUCCGAUGUUGCAGAGCAUUUCCACCACAUCAAGAGAUUGGUUGGUGCUGACUACGUAGGUAUCGGCGGAGACUUCGACGGCGUCAACAGGGUUCCCCGUGGCUUGGAAGAUGUGUCAAAAUACCCAGAACUGUUUGCUGAACUGCUUAGGAGUGGACAGUGGAGCGUUCAGGAGUUAAAGAACUUGGCCGGCCUCAAUAUGCUACGUGUGAUGCGACAGGUGGAAAAGGUCCGCGACGAAAUGCGAACAAACGGUGUCGAGCCUGAGGAGCACCCGGACUCGCCCAGCGACAACGGCAACUGCACCAGCAAUGCUUUUUACACAGAGAACGUUUAAACACGACAAGUGACGUCACGCAUCUGUCAAACGAUGAAAGAAACAUGGCCGACUGACAAGCUAUUUUAUUGUGACGAUUUUUUCGUAUUUAAUUCUUUUUAAUUAGGUCAAGUAUUUGAAACAAGAAAUUGUUGUACUCUAUACACAAAACUAAAUGCUGUGUGUACUAAUUUAUUAUAAUUUAAUAAACGAGAUUUUGUACCAUGACAGAAAUCAUACAAAUUAAACUCUGAUAUCAUCAAUAUUUAAAUGGAGUUCCAAAUGAGUUGGUAUUCGAUUUUAAUUAAUAUUAAAUAACGACAGAUGCGUGAAAACACGCUUUAACGCUCUCGGACACAAACAUAUUCCGUAAUUAUGAUACGAAUUGAUCAAGUUUCAAUGUUGUGUGAAAUUUUACUAAACACUUUUCCAAUAUGGAUUUUCAAUAAUAUAGUUAUUAUUGUUAACGACUUCUGUUUUCAUUUAAUGACCGCGCUACAGUAACAGAAUUAAGAAACAUAUAAGUGGAAUAUUUUGGAAAAGUUUUUACUAAAAUUAAAUUUUUAAUUAAUUACAAAAUAAUCACUUUUAAGUGUAUUGAAAACAGCUGUCGUAUUUCGGAACAGCACGCUGCCGAUCACUUUGUGCGUCCACUUAUUGGAUAGGUAGUCACUAAAAUAAUGGUUUAAUAAUCUUACCUAAUUUGACAGCUGUCUUCAACUAAUAAAUGUCGUAUAAUUAUUAUUAUAAAUAAAUGUUGUAGUGCAUGAUAGAUGUUCGAUGUAAUGGCACUUCUACCUUCCUGUGUCCUCUGCUCAAACUAUCCUUCAGACCACAUAUCACUUCUGACUAAAUCGCCUCCAGGAAUGACUGCACUAUGUACGUUGACUUUAUUGACUAGAAGCAAAACUAUAGAUUUGUGAAAGAAUAUAUAUUGUUGAAUAAUACACAGAGACAACAUUUCAGCAUUGUCUUCCACGACUGAUUUUUUAUAAUUAAUUUAAAUUAAAAAAAUAAAACCUUAGUUCCCUUGAUUAAAAACAGAUGACGUGUGAUUUACUUCGAACAUGUUUAUAGAACGGGAAUUGAAAGUGUUUUGAUUUGAAAAUGUAAAGUAAGGCUUUAAUAAAAGAAAAAUAAGGUACUGAAUAAUCUAAGGAGCAAAAGUGUUUUUAUUUUGAUAUAAAUUAUAAAUAGCGCUUUUCGAACUUAAGCGAAAAUAUAAGUAGUUAGAAUUCAACAAAAUUGAACAGUAUCCAAAUCUAAAGUUUUUAUUUUAUUCAAAUUCGUUUUUCAAGUGAAGUCAAGAAUUCUAGUACUACCCUUAUUUUGAAUAGAUAACAACACUAUCUUUAUUAAAAUGAAUUAAAAUUAAUCGUAUUCUCAUGCACAUUAAAAUAUUAUUCCACGCAUUACUAAUGAAGCUAAGAUUUGAAACUAAGUAUUUGAAGCCGCUCAUUAGCAAUUGCGAACUUUUCACUAAUAUUUUACACCUAUUUAAUCUCAAAUGAAAUUCUAUGUGGAAUCAAUAAUGUGCAUGAUAUUCGUAAAUUAGAUGAGAGCGCGGUGCAAACAUUACGUAAUGAAUUUGAACUAAUUACACUAAAGCAGUUUUGUACGUUUUAAAUCUUAAAAUAAAUAUGCAGUAUCUCAAAUUGAAUGUUCAACCAAUCAAAACUAUGAUGUUGGCUGUGACUUCAGAGAAAUUCUGGAUGUACUGACAUGAACAUUACUCGUGGACUUGGUUUUUUUUGUCACAAUAAUUCAAGAGUGCGUUGCUAAAUUAUAUUGGGUUGAUAAAUAAUAUGUGAACACUGCAUUUAAAAGAUCUGGAAUAUAUUUUAAUAAAUAUGUUCUAAAUAAUUUCGAAUUUUCUUGUAAAUAACUAAAAAAAUCAGCGAAUUUCCGAAAUCGCUUAAAAAUUUGCAAAGAUAAUACGAUUGACAGAGUCAAUAAGUCUGUUCGAGUGUUUUAUUCGAAUAAAUAUUUAUCGUGUAAUUCGAUAUUCCAUCCGGACGCUGACAGAAUGACAAACAAACGAUUACUACGUAUAUUUUAUUCAACUUGUAUUGAGAUUUUACCCUGAAAAUAACGCUUGGGGUAGAACUGCUAAAUCUGAUAAAAACUACAACGAAGGAAAGUAAUAAAUCUUGUUUUCUCUCUUUCUAACCCUCGAAAAACUUAUCUUUACAAGUUUCUUAGGCGAUUUAGAAUAAAAGGGUGAUAAAUUAAAAAUAAAAAAAUAUCUUAUAAAAUUGUGACUGAACUGUUUUUGAACCUUUAUUAAUUAGCGUACUUAAGGGUCUGAUGUCUGGCUGUUAUUUUGUAAUUAUUUUGAGCACGUGUAACUACGUCUUAAUAACGAGUAUCGGUGACGAAACGAUGUUAUGGCCAUACAGAAACCCUUCGAAAAUAUUAAAGUGAGUGAGUGAGUGAUCAUUCACUCACUCAUUCAGUCACUCACUCAUUCACUCAUUCACUCACUCACUCAUUCACUCACUCACUCAUUCACUCACUAACUCGCUCAGAAUCACAUGUCGUCCUGUAAUCACGGUGGCUCAAGGUAUUAUUACAUAUUGCAUAGAUAUGUCUUGCGCUACCCCAACUGGCGGAUUAUGUUUGCGUCUACCACACUUCAUACAUUGAAUACAGAGCCUCUAAAAAACCUUUAAGCUGAAGCACAGUCCUGUUUGAACUCGAUACUAAUGAAUAUAUUUGCUCUGUCUCUAUAUUGUCUCCAAAACUUUGUACCAUAUUAUGACACUGAUGUUGAUGACCGUGAUAAAAAAAACGUUUAUUUUUCAUAAAGCAUCCACAACUAUAUAAAAAACUGAAGCCACCAAGAACAAUAUUAACGCGUAUUAGUAUACGUCAAAGUAACUACACUUGGUAUAUAAUUUCAUGUUUUAACAGUACAUAUAUGUAUACACAUAUUAAUAUAUACAUCGUCUUUCACGCCCUUCCCCCAUUCCUCCGGUUGAACAAUUCAUUAAAUAAUUGUAUCGCGUACAGCCUAAUGUUUUAACACUCGCAUUUAGCUACUGUAUAAUUUGAAGACGUGUAUUUUUGAAAUUCAAUCUUACAUCGUUUCGUUCCGUGGGUGCUCGUUAGCCGGAGUUGUGUGGCGCAUUGUCGUAACGCAGUCGAGACUGGUGCGAGUACUGAGUUUGUAUUAAAUAAACGGUAAUACUGAGGUACAUAAAUAGAGCGUAGGCCUAAACUAAUAACAUAAACAUUUUCAGUGUUUGAGGUUAGACGGCGAUAAAUAAAACUGAUGAUAUUUAAAUUUAAUUAAUCUUAUAUUCCUUGGUGGCAUACGCAACGCAAAAUUUAAUAAAUAACUAAGUUAUCCCAAAUAUGUUAUAAAAAAGCCUAUAUUACCAAAAACAACAAAUUGACUUACCAACAACAAACCACACCACCUGAAGAACAACCAAGCUUAAAUAAAGCUCAAGUAUGAGGAGAGCCGAAGACCGAGCUCAGUGGUGUCGAUUAAGAGAGGCCUAUGUCCAGCACUGGACAACUGUGGGCUGAUGAUGACGAUGGCGAUAAAGCUCAACUACCGAAAUUCGUAGCUAUUUUAUUCCAAGUCUCGAAAAAUCCUAUUCCUUCUUCCCCCUAUCUCCUACUUUAAAUAAACUAUGGACAAUGCGCUAUAUAACUUUAUAACUCCAACUUAUAUAAAUAUUAUUAAUAUUAUUACACUUGAUAUUGAAAUAAACACGUUUGCUGUAUACAUACUGUAA